AUGCUCAGCCAGGAAAAGUUCAGCACAGAACAGACAUGAGCAAAUAUUUGAACACUCAUCUGACGGUAUGUUUAUUAUAUGAAAAAGUAUAUUGUGGUCAGAUUUUUUUGGCCUUAUCCAGUCGUAGCCCUGCUGCAACCACACUGUUUUUCAGUGCUAAUCUAGGAGAGGCCUUAGCGUUCUUGUUGCUAUUGUCGGAGGCUAAAGGCUCUAUGAGGUGAGGUGGGGCCGCAUUAUGUGGAUGGUAGUCGGCUAUUCUUUGCUUUUGUCUAGGGCUUGCUGAUGGUCAGCAGCAUUCCGGCCUGAUAUCCCUGCUCUCAGCACACACACACACACACCGACCUCACACGUGCAUGUACACACACACACACACACACAGCUGUAGCCAGAAUAUAACAACACGGGGCUGGCUGCCAUCGCACUUGCUUUGGCCUUUGUCUCUUUGGCUAAUACCUCCUGGACCACACACUCAAUUGGUGAUGCACUGAAAUGCACACACACAUAAACGCACAGGAGCUUUACCAGAGCCAUCCAGUACAAACCACUACCAGUGGGCCAGGAUUUAGCAUCAGGCCUGGCUGGCAGAGUGGGGGCAUCUCUACACACUGGGAUGGAACAGACUGUUGUCUUAACCUCGAUCUGACUCGGACAUCGUUAAGAAUGAGCAUGGCCACAACAUAACUGUGUUGAGCCUGGUGUCUUACCUCAGAGAAGGUUCCUGACUCAUGUCUCAUCUCUGCUGUGUGAAGAAGGAUAAAGUGGAUAAAGUCCGGGUGGAGCAGAGCCAUGUUUAAGUACACACCUCCGUGGCAGGUGCUGUGCAACAGCUUGGAUCAUGGUAGUAAGAGGCAAUCAACGUUUGCAUCAGGCUCUUCUCAAGAUGUCCACAAACCGAGGAAAGGGCAAACUCUGAGCCACUUAUAUCCCCCUGCUGCUGCCCCUGUUUCUGUGCACGUUGAGGACUGUUUACCAUCAAGAAACACAAUGGGCAGCACUCCUAAACGGUGGGUCCUGAAGCCUCUGACGCCCAAGCUAGAGAAGUCUGACCUUCGGGCCAUGAUGAGCCCUGGCAGCGAGGCCCAGUCCCCAGACUACCCCUGGAGUGGAGGCCGAGAUGGAGAUUCACCCACAUUCAGCUUUGAUAGCAUAUCAGUGACUCGCCUCCACUCCUCUGUGACCGUGUCGGUUCCUAACGGAGAGGGCGCUAAAGAUGUGGUGGUUCUCGCCAGGCAGGUGGCUGUGUCUGAGGAAGGCAGCACCACUGACGAUGGGCAGCCCAGCGACUUCAGCAGCCCUGGCACUCCCAGUAGCACAGACUCCCGAGUGGGAUUCUACUCCUUUGUAGAAGACCCAACAAGUCCAGAGGCGGAGAAGAACGAGGCCUACAUGGUUUCGCCUGAGAGACAGGCCAAACUGUCCACCCUGCAGCAGAAGAGCAGCUUCAAGCUGCAGACGUAUGUGGAGGAGCGAAGACCUGAGAAGCUGUUUGAAGAGAGUAAUGGAGAGUCCAGUUACAAAGUGGAGAGUGCCUCUACAAUGGACAGCGAUGAGGAGAAACCAGAUCGAAUCGACAUCAUACGGAGUCAAGCGCCCAAAAAAAACCCUGUCUUCAAAGAGCAGUGGAGUUCUCUUGAGAACCUAGAUCUCAGCAAGAAUCCCUAUAGUCUGGUUGAGGGAUUUAGCCUGUGCUAUAGCCCUGUGAGCACUAAAAGUCCCCAGAUUGAAGUAGGUCCUGGCACCAUUGAUAACCAACAGAUUGAUUUUAAUGCAGCACGACAGCAGUUUCUACUAAUGGAGCGUUCAAAGGACAACCCCUUCCGGUACAGUCCUGAGCAAUUGCCACAAUUUUCGAAGCCAUGGGAAAGGUCUUUAUCAGAAGCUGACCUUUUCACAAAAGACGUUAGUAAAAAAAUAGUUAGCCAGAACUCCAAAGAUGAGUCCAGCCAGAAGAGACAAGAUGAGGAAACCAAAACAACAGUGACUGUCUUCGAGGAUCCAGAUGAUAGAACGCAAAAUACCUUGAUAGAUGACCUAGACUCGCUUCCUAAAAGAUUUGGAGACCAAAACAAAGGCUGGACAAAUGACGAAAGCCUGUCUUCCAUCUCAGAGAUGGACAUUAGCUCAACAGUGGCUUGCCUGAUUGAAACACCAAUCGACAGAGAGAUACGGAUAGCUAAAGAACGAGAAGAGGAGUUGCGACGAUCAAGAGGAAUAUUUUGCGAUGACACUUCCGAGAUGGUCGAGAUAAAGAUGAAACCUAUUCUGUCCCAGCCAUCACCGGAGCUAAAGCCUAUCAAAGCCAAAGAAAGCAAUCGUGUAAGUUUCCUCAUUCAACGAGAGAUUGACAGAGCGAAUCGGAGUUCAGGUACUUAUGAAAAGAAGACUCCAACAAGUGAUCUAGUCGAGAAGAGGAAAGCAGUUGCGUCUCAAUCGUACAAGGAACCCAUUAGUCCUGUUACUGUGGAAGACUCUUGGACUGCAGAGCGUCCGGCACUUGUGGAACCGAGAGAUGUUCCAGACUCACAGGAAACUCUUGCACCUUGCUGCCCUCAUCGACACAAAGAUGAGACCCAGAUUCAGAGGGGUCCCACUGCAGGAUUUCAAGAUAGAACUUUCAGAACAACAAAAACCGAGAACUGGGACGUCAGAGUUGCAAAUCAACCAGCUUGGAUGACAACCUAUACAGUAAAAGAGUCUGAGAGAACAAUUUCCCCUAUAAAUUCUCCGUCCUCACCACUGGAACCUGUAAAAAGCGGCAGCAGAUCCAUAGCAGCUAGACGAUCUUACUGGGAGGGAUCAGCUGAGUGGCCCAGAUUGCAAAACGUCUCAGAUAUAAUCCGCAAGGAAAUCGAAGAGGACCUCCGGCGAGAGCAGGAGCUUCAAGAACUACGAGAGCUCGGCAACUUGUCCCUCACAACAGACAACAGAGGCAUCUCUGAGACCACAACCUCGGAAACCAUCCACGAACAAAGUGAUGCUGAGCAGACUUCACUGAACAGUUCACAAGAGAACUUGGUGGAGGUGGAUGAAGUGCUACCAGAAAGAUCUACGGAAAUGCCCACCUACAAUCUGUCCUAUUCUUGGAGUGGAGAUUCUACCCCUACCCGCAUAUCACUGGCAGCAGGCUCUACUACCAGGCUUCCUUCCAUGUUCGUGGUGACAGCCCAGCCUUGGAGCAGCCCAAAACCAGCAUCCCCAGCAGUUCCAAGGGCCGUUCCCACUUUCCUCUCCAGCUCACGACCUGAGGCCUUCUCCACAUCCUCCCAAAAGGGCCUGACUGAGACCUUACUGGAGGACUUUGAGGAAAGACGAGCCAAACUGAAGCUUGAGGAGAGUUCUUAUGCUGGGAUACAGCCUAUUGAUUCCAUCAACAACGAGGUUGUAGAAGCGACUCGUGUGACGCGGCACAAGAACAACAGGGCUCUGCGCUGGGAGGCUGGUGUGUAUGACAAUGAGGACAACUAAGUCUGUUGAGGAGAUGCUGUGAGAGUAGAAACAACGUACGAUGCUAAUGCUAAUGCUAACACACCAACUGCCUCCAUACAUGAUCAACUGGGCAAACUGGGUUGAAAUGCUUUGGAGACACCACCCUAUAGUGACACUCGACCCUGAAGGAAUCAAGGAUUGUGAAGAACAGGGAAAAUGCAGAAAAAUGACAUGAUAUUUUGGCUGUUUCCAGAUUCUAGUGUUCAACUUAGGUGUGCAAGGGAUACUUUUGCUGCAUAUAGUAAAUAUAUUCCCUUGGUGAGCUUUAGCUUCUUUGAACUUUUGGUGCUCUCUCAAAGACUCACUCAACAACCCUUAUUUUGCUGUGCCAGUCUGAGAUGGUUAGCCUAAGCAAAUAUAGGGAAACCCCUUUUUCUUUUCUAUAACAGCAUCAAAUCUGUUCAUCCGUACGCCUAAAAUUUAUGCAAUAAAACAGAUCAGCCUUGUUAAAGUCCUUUUUUCAGGUAGGUAUGUUUUUUAAAACGAUGUUGAGCUCAUUUUAUAGGAGAUUUUGUACCUGUAAAUUGCUUUGUGAUUAGAAGCAAUAUGUAUGCAAUCUAGUAUGCACUAAAAAAAGCAAUGAUAUAAUGAUUGUAAUGCACUGAUUAUUGUGAUAUUAGGUUUUCACCUUAAGAAUGAAACAAUUUUGGACUGCAUACAGUUCAGUACAAACUCUUAUUAUAAUCUUAAGCCCUAUCCAGAUGGGAUUAUUUUCUCAGGGGGACGUCUGUGAAAAAUAUUUCACAUUUCUACCCUGUGUUAAAACUCCUGCAAUUAAAAAACAAGAGGACCAGUGAGCUUUUUGGCUUUCUCGGUCACAUGACAUCGCUUUCAGUAGCUCCUCAAUUUCCACUCGCUGUUGUGUUUAUGUUGAUCUCUGUGGAAACACACGCCUAAAGUGUAAUUACGUUGCGUGGAAGUGGACAAAAAGCUAUUUUAAUAAAGGCAAGGAUACGAAAGGCAGAGAUGUGCGUCCGGACGGGACUAAAAUUACCAGAGGACCUCGGAGUUCAGCAAAAAACAGUAAGUAAUUCAGCCUGUAAUUUUCUCAGAGGACAUCUGAAAAAACACAUUCAUGGUCAGUUCCGACGUGAAUAAAAUCACAGAGGACACUGAUAAAAGAAAAAAUGACCCUAGGACCCCCUGAGAAACUAAUCGCAUCCAGAUAGGGCUUUAGUAUGGAAGGAUUUGUGGAAGCAUGUAGGCACCAUAAACAUUUGUUCCAAAACGUGCCGUCCAGCACCUGGGUAGGUUAAAUAAGCAGAGGAGCUUAUUCUGGUUCCGUUUGUUCCCUUGUUUUCAUUGAAAUCAGAUUAGAGUGUGCAUGGGGUGCAAAAGCACCUGUAUUUCUGUAGCCAGUACCAGUGAAAUAGCACAAGCUGGUUCUUAAACUGGUCCUCAGGGACCUUCAGAUGGCCCAUAUUUUUGGUCUCUAUGUUUUUGAACUCGUUAUCUUGUGGUUUCUGUGGACUGGUUUGAGAACAACUGACUGUUUUUAGAGGAUCAUUUAGUAGAAUCUGCAGUGAAAACAUGCAAUUUACCUGACUGACCACUAGUGGGAGCCAUUAUGUUCCUUUUGAAUGCAGUGAAACUCAGAUCACAGUGCUUUUUUUUUUAUUAAGACUGCUUUUUUAACUCAUCACAACAGUUUGCACAGUAACAAUAAGUGGAGAAAGUGUAUACUGACAGUUCUUUUCAUUGUUAAACAGUGUGCUACAGGCUAUAUUUGUAUUAUGAGAUCUGUCACCAUCUAGUCACGGUAUCAGAAUUAAAAAAGAAAUAAAAUCAAGAUUGAUCAGUUGGAAUGGAACAAAUAGAUAAUAAAUAAAGUUUAAACCUGC